CUGCGCACACGGUCGCCACUACCACUGAACGUUUCCCGCGGAGGCUGAACGAAAUGAACUGACCUUUUUUCUUUCUCUCUCUGUCUUUUUUCCCCCCCUGUCUUCUUUUACGGCCUGGAUGGAUACACUCUGUUUUGGGAGAGCUGACAGCAGGGGUCCGGGAACCUGUAGAUGCGUCAGGAGUUCAGAGUAAAUGGACGGCCUAUUGGCUCCAAAGUGCUGAAGCUCUCUAAAGUCAUUCCUGUGUUUUGGUGUGAACAUCCCUGAGGAGUUUUGUGUAUCAUCAGGACCUUGAGACACACCCACACACACACUGAUGUUCAGCCUCUCCUUCUCACAGUAGACCUGGCAGACCUCUAAUCUCUGAAAGAUUGAUGAGGUCCUGUCCAGGCGCAGGAGGCCUGGCACAGUGUUGAUAAGGCAGCUUCCAUUUCAGUACAUUUUAUCCGUCACGCCUUCCUUUCUUCUCGUCUUUUCCAUCACACUGAGGGACACAGGACUGUCUUUAAAUUGUGAGAGAGGAUUAUGACUCACCAAGCCCGCUGGGCAAGAAGUACAGUGUUUUAAGAAACAGGAACCAUGAAAUGCCCCAGAAGUGACAGUUCUGUUUUCUUCUGUCACUCCUUCUUGGACAGUCGUGUGGUAGCCGAGCAGGACGCCAGCGUCGGCAUGUCACUCUCAAACUGCUGGAGCUUGAAUAUAGUGAAACUACAGCAAGAUACACAGAGCUGAGAGUAACUGGACACACAUCACACACACACACACACACACACACACACACACGAUUCUACACACGACAAUGUGCAACAUCUCAUUCUGUGAUGUGGACAGUAAGGUGGACCAGUUCUUCCAGCCCACGCUCUACAUCAUAGUCAUCGUUCUGGGGCUGCCCACUAACUGCAUGGCACUGUGGGCUGCCUACAUGCAGGUACGCCAACGCAAUGAGCUCGGCAUCUACCUGAUCAACCUGUCGGUAGCUGACCUCCUCUACAUCACCACUCUCCCUCUGUGGAUCGACUACUUCUUGCAGCAUGAUCACUGGAUCCAUGGUCAAGAGAGCUGCAAACUGUUUGGCUUCAUCUUCUACACUAAUAUCUACGUCAGCAUCGCCUUCCUUUGCUGUAUAUCGCUGGACAGGUACCUGGCUGUGGCAUACCCUCUGCGCUUCACCAAGGUCCGACGAAUCAAAACAGCUGUCCUCGUCAGCGCCAUGGUAUGGAUCAUUGAGAUCGUAGCCAACUCUGCUCCUCUCUUCCAUGAUGAGCUCUUCCAGGACCGGUUCAACCACACCUUCUGCUUUGAGAAGUAUCCCAUGCAGGACUGGGUGGCAGGGAUGAACCUCUACAGGACAUUUCUUGGCUUCCUUGCCCCGUGGACAGCCAUGCUGGUUGCUUACCAUGGGAUCCUGGCAGCAGUGCGCUGCAAUGUCUCAACAGAACGUCAGGAAAAGGCCAAAAUUCAGCGUUUGGCUUUGAGUUUAAUCCUGAUUGUUUUGGUCUGCUUUGGACCGUAUCACGUCCUCCUCCUGGUGAGGAGUGUCAUGUUUCUAAGGAAGCCGUGUGACUGUGGCUCAGAAGUGAGCUUGUAUGCAGCGUACCACGUAUCGUUGGCACUGACCAGCCUCAAUUGUGUCGCCGACCCCAUUUUGUACUGUUUCGUCAACGAGGGGGCUAGGCAUGAUGUCAGCCAAGCCCUCUCAGCGUUACUCUCUGCAGCCUGCCACAAGGGCUCCUCUUGCUCACCAUCGCACGCCGACAUACUGAAUGCUGGUUCAGUUACCAUGGAAACACCACUAUCAGCAAAGAAACAGCCUUGUGUGUACACUGAUGGAGGCAAAACAAACAGCUACAAGACAGAGCUGGUGGCUCUGAAGGAAGAGUGUCUACAGAUGACCAUCCUCAGUGUUAGGAAGUGACUUCUACCUGGAACACCCAGUAGCAGGUCCAAACUGUUCAGGUUAGUGGAAA